AGAUGAAGGACAUCAAAACAUCAACGCAUUUUAGUUUUUCUUCUUCUAGCUUAGUCUACAAGUAGUGUUAAACACAUAGCCACUGGUUUCUUUAUCAUGUUUUCCAUGGCUACUCCUAGCAAUUCUCCCAUGGUCGUCGCCACGAUACUGUUCAAUAUAGCAUUCUUAUUCCUUAGCUUACACUCUGCAGAGGCGCAAAUUGGAGUAUGUUAUGGGGGCAAUGGAGACAACUUACCAUCCAAACAAGACGUCGUUAACCUCUACAAAUCCAACCAAAUAGGAGCUAUGAGGAUCUAUUCUCCUGAUCAAACUCUCCAAACCGCCCUACAAGGAUCAGGAAUCAAAAUCAUCCUAGAUGUCCCCAAAGACAACCUUCAGUCUCUAGGGUCGGAUCAAUCAGCUGCUAACCAGUGGGUUCAAACCAAUGUCGUUCCUUAUGCAUCAUCAAUAAAAUACAUCGCGGUAGGGAAUGAAGUCCAUCCGUCUGAUUCAGAAGCCUCGUCAGUCCAACCAGCAAUGCAAAAUGUUCUUAACGCAUUGAACUCAAACGGUUUAGGUGGUCAGAUUAAGGUUUCUACGGCCAUUGACACAACCUUAAUCACAAAUUCUUUUCCACCAUCCAACGGCCAAUUUACUGACUCGUCAUACAUCACCCCAAUAAUCAACUUUUUAAAGAGCAAUGGUUCACCUUUGCUGGUUAACGUGUAUCCUUAUUUUGCUUACAUAAAUAAUGAGGCGCAAAUCCGUCUUGACUAUGCAUUAUUCACUGCCUCUGGUACAGUGGCUAAUGAUCCUAAUAAUGGAUUGAACUAUCAAAAUCUAUUUGAUGCACUUGUAGAUGCAGUGUACGCGGCUUUAGGGAGGGCCGAUGCACAUGAUACCGCCAUCGUAGUGUCUGAGAGCGGAUGGCCAUCAGAAGGUGGAGACGCUGCCACAACGGUGGACAAUGCAGGAACUUAUUACAUGAAUUUGAUAAGUCAUGUGAAGCAGGGGACUCCUUUGAAACAACAAGGAAUUGAAACUUACUUGUUUGCUAUGUUUGAUGAGAAUAACAAACAAGGAGCUCCCACUGAGCAGCAUUUUGGACUUUUUAGUCCUGAUCAACAGCCCAAGUAUGGCCAACUAAAUUUCAAUUGAUAACCUAAGGAACAAAUAUAGUGCUGAUAAAUAUAAACCAAAUAACGGGGAUAUCCCCAGAUGUGAUAACUUGCAAAGAUUAGAAUUAAAAUGCUAUAUACAUGCUUCUAUUUAUCUUUACAUCUCUUAUCUAUAUUUGGAUUUA